CAGCCUGCCACCAAGUUCUCCGAGGGCGGCAGCAAAUGGAGACUGGAGCGGCGGCAUGGGACGUGCAGAUCGGAUUUGAUGUUUGGCGGCUGGGGUUUUCUCCCUUUUGCCAGCAGAUUCUCGGCGUCGUCCCUCUAGGUUUGAUCGUUCUGCAUCCAUCUUGACUGCCGGCUACCCGCCUGAUUGCCUGUGGUUCUGACGUAGCACGACUGCGCUCAUCCUGGAGAGGCCUGGAACCGGAUCAUGGGAGUUGAGACGGCGCGAAAAUGGCCCCGUCUCAGGCGCUGCCAGAACACGCGCCCGACCCAUUGAAGUUUUCGCCCCGAGCCGUCACUCGCCUCGACGAGGAGGGUGAAGAGGCCUGGGACCACACACUGAGGCCAUUCGCCUUCGACUUCCCACAGCACCACCCUCGCCUCGUCGCCCACUCGCGCGAGUCGUCCAUCGAGAAGAUCAUCGCCCAGCAGCAUCAGCACCAGCAGCAGAACCAAGGCGGGCGUGCGCCCUCGCCCGCCGGCCCCUCCGUCCUACCCGUCUCGUCCCCCGUUUCGGCUCUUUCGUCUGCGCGACUCCACGGUGCCGCCGCGCGACCUGGCGCUGCCAUCGCUGCAGUCAUUGAACGAGCCGUCGAUCCCAAACCUGUUACGUACGGCCACCACCGCCAAACCUCUAUCGUCCAUGGGAUCCGGCACUCGAGGAAUGGAAGUCAGGCCAGCACCUCGUCCAGCCCCUUGAGUCCCCAGAUGAUUGCCGCCACCGGUGCGGCCUUCUCGCCAGAUAGGCCCGACAUGGGUCCGUAUGGAUUCGCCGCCGACCCCGACUCGUCAUCCCUCUCGUCAUCCCGCCCCUCCACCACAGCCUCGGGGACCACUCUGGUCGGCAGCCCCAAUGUCCCCGAAAGGACCUCGUCCGUCGCCGAUGUCGGCUCUCAUACCCCAGGCCACAGAAAACCGGAGCGCGUGCACAGCGGCAAGGCGAAGCGACACCAUGCACAGCACCCCUCCCACUCUUCCCGCCACAAGGACGACCAGAAGACGGUGGGCGGCUAUGCCAUGCAUGUAUUGUUCACCUCAUUUAUCGCUCAAGCAGAGGAGAAGCUAAACGAGUGCAUCGCUUCCUAUCCCUCCGACCCGGAGCCCCAGGUUGAGCAAAUAUGUGGGCCCGGCGCCGACCCUUCGUUUGACCAACUGAUAGUUGCCCUUGGCCACAUCGCCAAGCAGAAGCCGAGGGCAUUGAUAGACUCCAUGAUGCUGUGGAGGAAGAGUAAGAGCGACGCGGCGGGGGAAGCGCGCAAGCAGCUCCAGCAGCUCAAGACCUCCCAACCAGGGGGUCCUCUGUUGAGACGGAAUACGGAGCCUGUGCAGCCGCCGCCCGCAGGCGGCACCAUGGCCGGCGAUGGCGGCGUGCCACUCGCCACCAAACAGGAGUAUGUCACCCAGACGGAGCGCCGAUCUAGCGUCUCUACAUACCUGUUGUGUCGCGUUCUCCACGAGGUGAUCAGCCAAAGCAGUCUCGACCUCAUCACGCCCGAGAUGGAGGACAAGCUGGAGGACAUCAUUUUCAGCCAGCUGAAGGUUGCCGACACGGAGCAACUCAUGAUAUCGCCUCUAAAGCUCGCAAACUGGAACAUUUUUGCCCAGCUGCUCGGCGUGAUGAGCGAGAUCAACUUCACGGGUGUCGCGGGUCGGUUCAUACAGGACCUGGAACGCUCGCUACAGGAGCUAGGCUCUCGGGGUUCGACUUCGCCCUCGCGGGAGGAGAUCGAAGGCGGCAUCGAGCUGGUUUUGGGUGGCAUGAAACACCUCAAGAUCGCGCUAUCUCCCGAGGACGCAUGGGAGAAAUCGUGCGAUUUCAUGAGCGCGCUGGGUAGGCUGUUUGCGAGAUCCCAUGGCCAGAAAAUCAAAUCGUCUUUCUGCCAGAUUCUCGAGAUGUUGCUACUUCCCAUCGCCGCCAAAGCCACAAACAUCCAUUUCACGCACCCCAAAUGGGCUGACGUCCUGAGCACCAUCAGCCCCCGUCUAGCUCAGAUGUUCGUCAAGCCCCGUCAUUGGUACUACUCAUUCCCACUCACGGCUACGAUGCUCUGCGUGUCGUCUCCCGAGGCCUUUUCUAGUCAGUGGCUUCAGCUGGCCUAUCCCCUCCAGCCGAAGCUGAAGGACCGGUACACCAAGCCGCUCUGCCUGCAGGUCAUCUCGAGGCUACUAUGGACCUAUCUAUAUCGCAACACCGACUCUCCAAGUGCUACCACCCGAAAGUUGGACGAAGUGCUGAAGCUUGUCCUCCCUACGACGGCCAAGCGAACGGCUAUCUCGACGGACACGGCGGUCUCGGAGCCUCUGAUCCAGAUCAUCAGGAUAGUAGGCUUCAAGCACCCAGAGUUCUGUUUCAAGACAAUCAUCUUUCCGUUGGUGAAUGCCGACCUCUUCUCGUCCAACAAGGAGUUGAAGGUGGAGAAUCUCGACCCGGACAAGAUCGUCAUCGGCAUCAGGGCCUUCCUUGCUGUGAUGACAGACCUCGAAAGAGGUGAGCUAGGGAGGCCACCUUUUCCUCAGUACUAUCCAUCACCACCCCCGCCCGACCGGGCCACACCAGCGUCUCCGGCAGGGAUAGUGUCGUUUAGUGGAGGCGCGCCUGGAAGUCCGCUUGAGGCACCCUCAGCUGACGAAGGUCCGUCGCGCCGCGUCAUGACGGCCGUCCUGAGCGAGUCUGUCCGGGGCUACUAUGUCAGGUUCUGCGAAAUCCUUGGCAAGAUCACCAUAAUUUGCGACAACACAUUCGGGGGGCAGGCCGCGCUGGAUGAGAAGUUCAACUCGCCAACGCCAAAGACCCCCAUCGCCGAUACUUUCAACUUCUCUCGGCGCGAGGAGCACCAAAACCCCUCCGACCACAAGCAGGCAUUUUACGAGCUGCUUCAUGUUGCCGUUCAAGCACUGCCUAGGUGUCUUGCGGUCGACAUCCCCUUCAACUCGCUGAUCAAUCUGCUGUGUACUGGGACAGCCCACGUCCAGUACAAUAUCGCCGAGUCGUCGGCCACUUCGUUGAAAGCCAUUGCACGGCAGUCAUACGCCCAGCAGGUCACGAUGGGAUUUUCUAGGUUCAUUUUCAACUUUGACGACAGGUACUCGACCAUGUCGGAUGGCGGUAUGCUUGGCGCGGCACAUAUCGAGAACACGCUCAGCCUCUAUGUGGAGCUUCUGCAUAUCUGGAUCGAGGAAAUCCGACAAAAGACGAAGAACGCAGCCGGUGGCGACCUGGUCGCGCCUGACAAGCGAGGGAUGAAGCUUGACUUGUCAAGCAUCUGGGCUGAAGUUGAUCAAGUGGAGGCGCACGGGCUGUUCUUCCUCUGCUCUCAGUCUCGCAGAGUCCGCGCUUUUUCCAUCACCGUUCUUCGUCUGAUUACCGAGUUCGACACGGCCCUGGGCAAGUCGUCCGACGAGAAGGAUGGUGUCAGGCUUAUAGACGUGCUCGAGAAUGAUUACGCGCGGGUCAUGAGCUUCAACGACGAGCAUCUAUCGGUUGCUGAAAGGAGCCGACUCCAAAGGGGCAUGCAAGACAGCAGCAAUCAUGGCCUGAUCAAACUCUGCUCCAGCGACGUCUCGUACGACACGACCCUCUGGUUCAAAGCGUUCCCUCACCUCAUUCGGGUGGCGUACGACCGUUGUCCGUUCGCCAUCGCCAUCGGCCGGGACUUGAUAUGCAAUCGGAUCCUACAGAUGUACAAGGCGAUUAUUCUCCUGUCGGAGCCGAGCAGAGGCCUCUACUUCGGCUCCGACCCAGGCAGCGCCCGUGCAGUCGCGAGGACUCCAACUACGCAACCAGAACUUGUCAUAGAGCAGUGGAAACUGUACCUCAUCUUUGCCUGCACGACAAUGGCGGACCCCGGCGCUCUACCGCAACCUAAACCGCCCCAGGGGGUACAGCACGGGCGCAAGGGCUCGAACAAGACGUCUGCAACGACCGACAAGAUCGUCACGGCCCGUGUUCUCUUCAAGUAUCUGACCCCCAUGCUCUCCGCGUCGUCCGCGUCCGUCAGGGAGGCUGUCGUGGUGGCGAUGGGUUCCAUAAACCUGCACAUCUACCGUACGCUCCUGGAGGAGCUGCAGGGACAUGUGUCCAGAUGUAAUGACGAAGCCAGAGCCCGGAUCCACCAGCGGGCCAACAGUAGCCCCCGUCGAAACAGCACGAUGGACUUACUCAGAACCGAGAUAACGCACGUCUACAAGCUCACCUCACACUUCCUCAAGGACCCGACAGUCAUCCAGGACGAUUGGAUCCUCAGCAACCUCGUAACGUACGCGAAAGAUCUCAAACUUUUCCUCAUGGACGGUGAAGUCCAGAUGGAUUGGGAAUUUCAGAAGCUCAGGCGACACUAUUGUGGUCUGGUUGAGGAACUGUUUGAAGGUGUCAAGCGGACCAAAGAUCCGACACGGUGGAUGACCUUCGAGGCUCGCAAAUCUGCCUUUGCUCUGAUGGAGGACUGGUGUGGCUUUUCUCCCAACCAGACGCACAUACGGCAUCGCGAGGACACCAUGAGGCAGUCGGUAAUCAACCAGCAGUCCCUGGGCGAGCGAGGCACUUUGAGCGCGGCCAUGGAGAUCGAGAAGCGGAACCUCCGGACGGCGGCGUUGAGCGCCAUGGCUGCGCUCUGCGGCGGCCCCAUCAGCGUCACGACUGAGAGCGGUGUCUCACUCCAGUUUGACCUCCGCAGAAUGCUUGGCUGGAUCGAGUCCAUCUUCACGACUCCCAAGGGUAAUGACCGCAUGAAGGCCACUGGCAGGCGCGCGCUCAAAAAUCUGAUUGUCCACAAUCAAGAAUACCCAUACCUCCUCGAGCACUGUAUUGGGCGGUGUUACCUCGCCGACGUGCCCAAGGUGUUGGAGUGCUAUUUCUGUGUCAUCACCGAGGUGCUUCUCGAGUACCCCGAAUACCCGGCGUCGUUCUGGAAGCUUCUCCCUCUGUGCUUGUUCACUCUGGGCAACGACCAGAGCGAUAUCAGGAUCAAAUCUGCCCGCAUCCUGAGGACGCUCGAGGAACGCCAGCAGCCCAGCCGCAGCUCCAAGCUCCAGGACUUUGACAUUAGCAUCUCGGACAAAACCAAGGCGGUCUACAAGCUGGCGCAGUACAAGAUCUCGGAGAGACUCUCGAAACAGUAUACUGAGCUGGCCUUCUACUUCUUCUCGGAGCUCUCGCUUUACUUCAAGGACCUCCAGCCCGGCGCGCAGGGAAACAUGGUGGCUGUAGUGCUGCCGUGGAUCCAGUCCAUCGAGCUCAAAGUCGAUCCCAACGGUGGUCCCGUGGCACAAUCCUACAUGCUUCUGUCAAACCUCUUGGAGAUCACUGUCAAGGCCAGUUCCGCGCUCCACAACGAGGUGCAAGCCCUCUGGCAGGCAUUGGCGACCGGGCCACACCCUGGCAAUGUCAGGCUUGUCCUGGAUUUCAUCAUGUCGCUAUGCCUUGAGCGCAGGGAGCAGAACUUUGUCGAGUACGCCAAGCAGAUUGUUGCCUUCCUCGCGAGCGCCAACAGCAGCCCGGGGCAGAAGGUGGUUGAGUUCCUCCUGUUGCAGAUCACGCCCAAGGCCAUGGUCCCGAACGAAAAGAGGGAGAUGAUGCCGCCCCCGCCCGACGUCGGCCUGCUUCCGUACUGCGCCGAUCUGUCCGACACGCUCCCUAUCGGCACAAAGCAGGCAGGCUUCUCACUCGGCCAGCUGUCCAUGAUAUUGCUUGUGGAUCUCAUCGUGUCCCCGGUCAAGAUCGUUCCCGACAUCGUGCCGGUGCUGCUACAGGCAGUCACCGUGCUGUGGGACCACUACACCCCGCUGGUCCAAGAGCAGGCACGUGAAAUGCUCGUGCACCUUAUCCAUGAACUGGUCAUCGCGAGGUUGGACGACGCAACGCCCUCGUCCGCUCGUAAACCCACAGAGGAUCUGAUUGACCUCAUCCGCAGCCACGACAAGGCGGUAGUUUGGAACUAUGAAGACAGCAACGGGAAAGCCGAUGGCUCCGACCAUAACGUGCCUCCAAGCAUGGAGUAUCUGGCAGCAGAGCUGGUCAAGACCUUCGAGGCGAGAUUCCCGGGCAUAAAAGAGCAGUGGGCUCGACAGUCACUGACGUGGGCAACAUCGUGUCCCGUUCGACACCUAGCCUGCCGGUCCUUUCAGAUAUUCCGCUGUAUUCAAACAUCCCUCGACCAGUUUAUGCUCGGUGACAUGCUGGCCAGACUCUCCAAUACCAUCGCCGACGAGGAUCCGGAGAUCCAGACCUUCGCCAUGGAGAUCCUGGCCACGCUGAAAACACUCAUAUCGAGUCUCGAUGCCGACAAGCUCGCAACCUUCCCCCAGCUAUUUUGGACCACCUGUGCCUGCCUCGACUCCAUCAACGAGCGAGAGUUCCUGGGUGGGGUAGAGAUGCUCAACGAGUAUCUAGACAGGCUGGAUUUUUCCUCUCCAAGUGUGCAACGGCUGCUCCUGGAUGGCCGGCCACCGAAAUGGGACGGGUACUUCGAGGGACUGCAACCACUGCUAUACAAGGGCCUCCGGUCCUCCAUCUGUCUCGAGGUCACCCUCGCCACCCUCGACAGGCUGGCACUUCUCCAGGGCGACCUGAUUGGAGACGAGUGUAGCAUUUUCUUCGCGAUUGCGGCCAAUCUUCCCAGGUUCCUGCAUGCCAUGGACCAACCACGGCCACUGGACGAGUCGGUUGCUAGAACCGCUGAGGUUCUGCGCGGCGUUGCCGUCGAAAACAACCACUCACCCGUCGCGCUGGUUUUAACCGGAUUCCUCUCGGGCAACUAUCAAACUGGCGAAGAACUGAUACAGGCAACCUUCUCGGCCUUCAAGGAGUCAUUCUCUGCCCAGCUGGACUUCAGAAUGAUCGUCAUGAUCAUGGGCUUCCUAACCAACCGGAUAUCCUGGGUCAAAUACAAGACAACGAAGGUGCUUCACGUCAUCAUCUCCGAGAUCGACAUGAGGCGGCCAGACAUUGCUGGCCACGGGUCUGAUUUGCUCUCCCCGCUUCUCAGACUGCUCCAGACGGAGUAUUGCAUGGAAGCCCUGCAGGUCCUAGACAACAUAAUGAACAUAUCGGGCUCGUCCAUGGACAACCAGCAUCUCCGGAUGAGUAUGACCAGGCCCACUUCAAAGGCCGCGCGCAAGGAGUACGAACGAACGCAGAGUCUGUUUGGGAUACCAGAGGAAUCGGGCUGGGCGAUCCCGAUGCCGGCGAAAAAAACAGACUCGACACGGGCCAAUAUUCACACUGCGUUCUACAUGUGCCAGAGCGUUGGGGGCGCCAUGACCGAUGUCACGCCGACACCCGAGGUUGAGUUCCACGCCGACGAGUUCCCAUACGGCUACUUCCCGUCCGAGCGGACCGAGACUAUGAUGUCGGACGAGGCGCGAGGGGACGGAAAUGCGGGAGACCUGGUUAUGAAGCUCGAUAGCCUGGAUGAUUUCUUUGACGAUCUGACCGUCGGCCCGCCGAGCGAGGGUCGGUCCUCCCACACGGUGACCGAACUGGGGCCGGCGGACAACUACGAGUUGGGCGCGCAGCUGUACGACGAGCAGGUGCUCCCCAUCCUCCACCAGGCAUCUGCCAACAGCUCUUUCCAGAACGGGUUCGUGGACAGGUCGUCGCCGCAUCCCCGGGAUGGCGGCGGUAGCGGGCACACAAACAUGAUGACGCCCGGCGCCUUCAGCUUCGGGCAGUUCUCGCCGUCGCUGGGCCGGCCGGGGCUGCACUCGAGGUCCAUCACGUCCCCGUCGGCGCCGGCGUCGUACCACCCCAACAUGGGCGAGAUCACGUCCGACGACGAGCUGUUCUCGGACGGGGACGACGAGCGGCCCAACACCGGGGCCGGGGGCUCGGGCUCCUUCUUCCUCGAGAACAUGGUCAAGCCGCUCGCCCAGAGCACGAGGACCCGAAUGCGGCGGCUGACGGGCAGCGGCAAGACGCGCGAGGAGCGGCAGCAGCAGGUGGAUUUGAUGCGAUCGGAGCGGGCGGGCGCGCUUCCCCCGCAGGUGCCCAAGCUUCCGAGCUCAUACCUCCGGGGAGGCUCGCCGCCAUCCACAGACAUGGUUUGAUAGACGACGAGGAGACGAAUAGAUGACGCCAAGAGAAGGAAGCAAGAGGGAUUCGCGCUGGUUUUUUUUUUUUCUGCUACGUUGAUUUGAUGAUACGAUACCCUCGCUAAUUACGAUCUUGAGCGUUUACGUUCACACGCAUGGCGCACGAUAUACUUGCUGUUGAGAUAGAGUACUAAAGGUGCCCAUCGAAGAGUUUUAGGCAGACAUUUUAACCGAUUUGGGAUGUGAAACAUGUGAUGACAGGAUGCGAAUCGAACGCACCUGGGGGCCGGCGGUUUGAUUAUCUUGAAUGCCGCAUCCCGGCGUUUAGGGGGUCAUCAGUCCCUUUUGGUGCGACAGACGUCAGCACAAUGGACAUGGGUCGAGCCGGAGUUGCCGUGAGUAGUUUAUGAGUGUGCCAUAGGCAGCCCUUGCUGGGAACGUAUCAGCAUUGUAGUAGAAAAACAACUAGAUGAUAACAGCAUGAUAGAUUCGUCAAGACCAACCCUGGUAAACAUCCCGAAUCUCCACAACGGAGAUAUUGCCCGUCUAUCUUGACGACGGCUCG